AUGGGUUCUUCUUUGGCGGCCCUCGUGUCGAUAGUGGCUGCCGCCGACAGCGAGGAUGCAGCCUGCUCUGCUGGAAAGCAGCACUGGCGACCACCAGAACUCCUUGCAAGGAAGCCGUUGAUCUACAUCAUUGAUAACUUCGCAACCAAGGAGGAAUGCCAGCAGGUCUUUGCGGGAAGUCACGGGCGCAUGGAGUCCGCGCGAGUCUGGUCAGGGAGCAUGGCCCGGCAAGCCAUGAACUCCUCGGUGAGAAGUGGUCUCACAACGACGUUGAACAAGCCAGAGAACUGGACAGCAGCAACGCGAGAGAUCAUCGAGCGUAUGGACGCGGCGACGAUGAUGCCCCACUCUGUGGGCCAGUAUCUUCAAGUCACGCAGUACGACGUCGGAGAUUCCUACGAGUUGCAUCGCGACUCAAGCAUAGAGGCAGCUCGGACCCUCACCGCGAUCCUUUUCUUGGAGGAGCCGGACGAAGGUGGCGAACUCAUCUUCCCCUGGGUGGAGGAUCUGGUUCCUGGCUCCGAGCUUCUGGGAGCCAAAGGC